CCUGAGUUCGGAAAAACUACCCCAAAAUAUAAGAACCCAUUCAGCCUGAACCCAAAAAUUCUAGGUUCUUAUACGCGGGUGUUUACUGUAGUAAGUUUCAUAAAUUUAUAAAAUUAAUACCCUAUGCCUUGUUCAUAAGAGUGAGCAUCGUGCCAUAACGACCAUUCUUCGUACCCAUUGACUCUUCGAUCCCGUUGUUGUCUAUUGACCAGCAGUCCGGAAACGAGAUUGCAUGACAGUGUUCCUUAUUUGAAAUUAGCGAAGCGUGGAAAAGAUCAUUUAACCAGCCUUGAACUUUGACGGGCCACUUGCUUUUUACUGAGAGUUUAUAAAUAUGAUGCGCCCUGUUUCUCACUCUUUUCUGGCUCAUUUUACCCUAUCAGACGGAAAAGGUCAGUACGAAAUGUCGAUGAAGCGGAAAAAAGACCCCCCUUCCAAAAAUUGCACGUCUCCAGAACGUUUACCUCCUUCCCUCCACUGGGACCAGAAAUGAACGGUCCCUUAGCUCGUGCCCUUUGUUUGAAUCUGUAAUUUUAUUUAUUCGACUUACCUUGAAACUAAAAUUUCACUGCAAAUCGCCGGCUCUUUGAUACAUUCAUAUUCUCUGUAGUAUUCAUGCUGAAAGAAAAGAAGAGCUCAUGUUAUCGAGAGUGAUCCCGUGUUCUAUUUUGGGCCACUGCUUGGCAAAGUACUCAGAAGUACAGGAGAGCUAACGUGACAAGACGUCUGAGAAAACAAUGUAAACUUGGAAACCAGACCCCAGAAGACAGGAAAUUGAGGUAAAAAAACAGGAAGAAAAUCAAGUCAAGAAAAUCAGAAAUUUUAAGAGAAGAUGGAAUGGAAAUGCGCUCGUUCUGUUUCCACGACUUUUUCCUGGAAGAUAACAAUAAAGAAGAGCAACUAGUAAAAACUAGCUAAUGAAACGCACAUUUUCCAUUUGGAAAUCCGCUUGGGAAUUUAGGUCUACCUUUCAAGAAAUCCCAUUUUCCCGAGAAAAUUUCCGUUGGGGAAGACAAAAUUAAUCUUUCCAUUUACAUUCCAUCCGAAAUUUCCGGAUUCUGAGGGUAAAUGGUAAACAACCUUGCAAACAGCCGAAGACUUGCCUUGACGUGCUACCAAAUUCUCAGAAUUAACAUAAGUCGGAUAACUGCUAAAAUAAAUAAUAACAAGAUACCCCAAUAAACUUUCUAUCCGGCCUUUCGAGGAAGUUUUUCCCUAAACAUUUGCUCAUCGAUAAAUUGUAAGGAGGUGGCUAUUUCUAAGAAAGGGAGGAAAUCCAUAAUACUUUUACGUCAUCUCGUAAUCUAAUAUCUCCGAUCGAUUUACCUGGGUUUAACUUCAUACAAAGAGUCGUCUGAGGUCAAGCCAUUCCUGUAUAAUCAGCUGCAUAAUGGAGCAUAUAUUUACUCUUCUCCUCUGCCUGGUCUUUUCUGCGAGCACAGCGAGUUCACGGAAAUCUGAAAUGUUCAUCUCCCCGAAAGGUAACGACACGCGAUCGUGUGGGGAACGAAAUGAUCCGUGUCAAACGUUAGAGUAUGUUUAUGAAUUGCUUUUGCCUUCAGGGUUUAAUUCGACGGUUUUGCGACUUGACAAAGGAGAGUACAAUCUUCGUAAAAGUCUUACUUUUGAGAAAGUGAAACAUUUCAGCAUAUUUGGAGGAUACGGCGAAUCUGCCUCGAAUGUCGACGUCGAAAUAACUUGCGAACCCAAUGGAAGCCUCGCCUUCUUCCUCAGUGAAAACAUAACUCUUCAAGGUCUCAAACUGUUGAACUGCGGAGGAUGGCAAGAGGCUGCUAUUUCGUCUCCUCUUUCCAAAUUCAAGACAGCCAUUCAUUUUGACUAUUGCAGAAAUAUUUGGAUGCGAAGCGUCCAGAUAUCAGGUUCGGUAGGUCACGCGGCAAAUUUCUACGAAAUCGGAGGCGUGUUAGAAGUGACGGACUGUAUUUUUGAGAACAACACAGCAGGUUCGGACGCCUAUCCUAUUCAAUCUACCCAUAGGCCAGAAAAAGAACAGAACGGGUUCCAUUAUAUCACUUCCGGUGGAGGUAUUUUCCUGAAAUUAAACAACUUCACUCGGCAUCGUCCAAGCUUCACGAAUGUGACGUCAGCCGAGCAUGACACUUAUAUCCAUGGCAACCGUUACACCUUCACGAACUGCAGCUUUCUCAGAAACGAAGUUACCAGAGCGUCGGUUUCCCCGGACUAUUUCCAAGAAAGGUUUGAGAAUCCGUUCAGCGGCCAAGGAGGUGGUUUGGGAAUAUCCAUGGUGGGUUAUGCUAGCAAUUCCUCAGUGCUCAUUCAAAACUGUACGUUUUUGGCAAACAAAGCACCGUGGGGAGGGGGCCUGAUGGUCGAGUUUGCUGAUGCGAGUAGCAGAAACGUCCUCCUGGUCGAAAACAGUGUAUUUGAUGGUAACGUUGGACGCUCGGCUGGUGGAGGAGCUCGUGUAGGGAACAUGCUAACACCAGGUGUCUCUGUUCCACUGAACAAAGUUCGUUUCGUGAACUCGGUGUUUCGAGAUAACUGGGGCCAGUGGGGAGGGGGUGUCUCUGUCUAUGGCACCUCUAUUUUUUGCAAAUGCAAACACAAGUUCAACAGCGAAAGUAUUUUCUCUUUCCAAUCGUGUCAGUGGAGGGGAAACAAGGGAACUGUUGGAUCGGCCAUAGCUGCGUUCCUGUUUAAUCAAAAUAGAGAUCACAUCGGCCCCGAAAUUUCGUUUCAUGUCGAUUUUAACCAUAGUCAAGUGGAAAACAACCAAGUCGAAAUUCAUGAAAGAAAUGUUCUCAUCGGAGAAGGGGCGAUCUACAGCGUGGAUGUAUCGAUCACUUUUCGAGGAAACACAACCAUCAGGAACAACAAUUUUACCGCACUUGUCUUAGAUGGUGGAACACUAGAACUUCACGGCAACGUUGAAUUUGUUGGCAACAGAGGAUUUCGAGGAGGAGCAGUGGCAAUGUACGGAAAUUCACGGAUUAUACUGAUGAAGAAAUCGAGACUCUUUUUCAAGCAGAACUCAUGUUCAGAUAAAGGGGGAGCUAUGUUCAUCCAGACCCCUGGGUCUCCGCAGAUUAGCUAUGGUGUAUCUGGAGAUAACCCAAAUGCUUGCUUCCUUGGUUACGAGGAUAGCUGGAGUAACUUCGAUGACUGGGACACGCGAGUAAUUUUUCAAGAUAACCAAGCACUCGACAAUUCCUCGGGACACUCUGUUUUUGUUACAAGUCUUAAAAAAUGCCGUAAGCCUGGGGAGACACGACUAAACAACUCCGUAUUGGACUGGAAGUUUAUUGAAUACAUCCGCACGUCGGAGAAGUCGUCGCGACGUUUAAAUCAAACUGAUAAACGAGAAGUCGUCACGAAUCCUGUGGAUAUCGUCUACAGGAGGGGUGACUGGAAUGUCUCCCCAAGUGAAGUUUUUAACCCAGUUGUUCAGCUACGCGACGAGAAGAACAAUCCUGUUCGUGGAAUUAUAGAAGUCUCAGUGAUGAAUUCUACGAAAGGAGAAGAUUCUACUUCUGUACAUUUACAAACAUCUUCGUCGCUCUUUGUAGCUGAUGGAAACAUCUCUCGCCUCAAACUGGGAGGCGACGUUGGAGGCGAAUUCACAGUGGUUCUUCGGCAUAUCGGAAGACAAAUUCUGCAGAGGAACAUUCAAGUGACAUCUUUGAAACGUUGUAAUCCUGGAUUCUAUCUCAAGGAUGGAAGUUGCGUGUGCCACGAGCAAUCUGAGGGUGUCUCAAGAUGCGACAAAAGUGGAAAGACCGUUUAUCUUAAACGUGGUUUCUGGGCUGGAAUGGUGGAUGGGAACUUUACUUCUUAUCGUUGUCCACAUGGCCUCUGCAACUGCCCUCAGGGUCAUGCUUUGUUACUUGCUGAGGAUGAAUGUGUCUUUAUCGUUGAAGAAAUGUGUGCAGGUAACAGAGAGCCGGGGAGUAUUUUGUGUGGGAAAUGCCGGACGGGUUUCAGCGUGGUGUUUGGUCACCGUAGCUGCUUUGAGUGUGGAAAGUAUGGCUAUCUUCUUAUGAUACCAAUAUACCUGGUCGUAAUAUUUGGAGUGAUAAGUCUAGCAAUGGUUUUUGACGUUGACGCAUUCACAGGGUGGCUGAAUGGUUGUUUGUACUUCUACCAAGUGAUGUGGCAAGUCGUCGGAGAACAAUUCAUGUUCAGAGACUAUUUUAUGUUCUUUAUCCUCAAUUUGGUCAAUUUCCGCCUGUGGAUUGGAACUCACUUUUGCUUUUCGUCUCAUUUGGAUUACGCAGAUAAGCUUUUCAUUCAGCUUUUAACGCCUGCUUUCGUUUUGUUUGCGGUUGUCGCUCUGGCCAAGUUAGUGGGCAAGUACCCAAAUUGGUGCUUCAGUCGGCGAGUGAAGGCACCCUUCCGCGCCAUCUGCACCAUCAUUGUCCUCUGUUACACAGGCAUCACUUCAGCAUGCCUAGAGAUUCUGCACCCUACAGUUAUUGGUGACAAGACAGUGCUAUACGUCAGUGGGCACACGGACUUCUUUAGAGGCAAGCAUGCUGUCUAUGGAAGUAUUGCUGUCUUAUUCCUUGUUUUCUUCGUGGUUCCAUUUCCGUUGAUUCUGAUGUUCCGACCUUUCUUCACGCGGUGCCUUAAGCCAGUGUUAAACCUAAACCGCUUCAAACCAAUCUUUGACGUGCUUCAGAGCUGCUUCAAGGACCAACAUCGAUGGUUUGCAGCUUUUUACUUCAUUUGUCGCCUGGUCGUGCUGCUGAUAGCCACGUAUGUUCCAUCUGGUCCCGUAAAUCGGUCGCUUUUGGAGGUCACCUGCAUUACGAUCCUGUUAAUCUUUUCCUACGUGAGACCCUACAAAAGAUCUGAGGAAGGCAAAGAUGGCGAGGCAUGUAAUUACGUCUUGGCGAACAGGUCAGACGCUCUCCUCUUAUGGAACCUGUCCAUCAUGGCGGCCUUCAGUUCAGCCACUGAAAACGAUGAUAUCCAGGAACGCCACAAAGCCGCCUUGAGGGUACUCAUUCAAAUCAUGGCUUAUGGCCCGUUUGCUGUAAAAGCCUGGGUUUUGUACAGGAAGACCAGAGUGCGUUGCGACAGUGGGUGGUGCAAAGACGACGAAGACCUAGACUUUCCUUCAGAAACGGUGGUGCACAAAGCAGGAUCAGGAGCCUUGGAUAGGUAAAAAUGGCCUCCUCCUCAGCACUAUUGAAUUUACUGUCCGAAACCAUCAGGGUUUCCGAUUUUCCGCCAAAAUUCAGUGACCCAGCACUGAAGAUGGUGUUUCUUGACAAGCAGACACGACAGCUUUUGGACUGUUUGUGCUAUUUUACAUUGUUCAUUGAUAAUUGCAAACACUUCUGUCACUGUUACUUUACUGGAAUAAUCAUAGUUGAGUUUAAAUUUUGUUAUAUCUCUCAGUUAGUAUGCGCGCUGUGAUUGGUCAAUUUAGCGGGCCGUAUUCUACUGUACGGCCUGCUAAAAUUUAAAGCUAUUUUUGUUGUCAAAAUGUUUGAUUUAUCGCCAUGUGUUCUUAACCUCUUUAGCAAGUAAGAGUUUAAAACUUUCUUUUACUUCUGAAAUUGUGAAUUGAAACCUGCUAACGACUUAAGAGUCACUUAACACUGA